GAAGAAAACAGCAGAGCAGGAAUCAAAACAAGAGACGGACACGCCUUCGCCCUGAAAGGUAAUUUAUUCGCUGUACGUGCAGCGCGGAAACCUUCCUGUCGUCCACGAGGAGACUCAAAACAAUACAGAGAAAACAAGGAGAACAAAUAAACUAAAAACCACCAGGGCCCGCUGCACUAAUGGAGUCCACGGAAAUGUCAGGCAGCACUGACAGCCGCCGCCAAUGGUAGAGGUCGAAAAUAACACUGACAUCCGAAUCCUGUAAAAUGCCCAACCAGAAGAACAACAAGGGAAAGAAAAGCAAACGCACCAACAGUAGCGGAGAUGAGCAGGAAAAUGGAGCCUGUGCUGCCGCUGUUGCUGCAACAGGAGGUGCAGCCGCGGCGGCUACGGUGGCAUUGGCAUCGGCGGCGGCUUCAGCUUCAGCGGCUGCUGCACCGAGGAACGAGCGCUCCAGCGAGACCCAGUGUGCCACUCCUCUCGGCUGCAGCCUCGGCCGUGCCAUCGACCUGGAGAAGGACGAGUACCAGCGUGUGCUCUGCAACAACGAGCUCUGCCCUUACGGCAACUGGAUGCACCUGCAGUGCUUCUACGAGUGGGAGAGCUCCAUCCUCGUCCAGUUCAACUGCAUCGGCCGCGCGCGCUCCUGGAACGAGAAGCAGUGUCGGCAGAACAUGUGGACCAAGAAGGGCUACGACCUGGCCUUCAGGUUCUGCUCCUGCCGCUGCGGACAGGGUCACCUGAAGAAGGACACGGACUGGUAUCAGGUGAAACGCAUGCAUGACGAGCGCAAGAAGAAGCCGUCGGAGAGGAGUGCGGGCAGGACUGGCGCCUGUGGAGGCGCUGUUGGUUCUGGGGACGGGUUUUUUGAGGAGCUUAAGAAGAGUAAGCCAACUUUAGGAGCAGCAGCAGGAGGAGGUAAACAAUCCCACAGAGCCUCUAGUCAGGAGUUACCUCGUAGACAAUCAGUGGACCGACAGAACUCUAUAGAGAGAGGAGCAGCUGCAGGAGGACCCUUUCCUCCAGGACUUCCUCAGAGCUCUCCCUGUGGCUCUCCUGGACAAUCCCCACCUACUGGUUUCUCCCUCUCCCCCACUGCUGCCUGUGGCCCAGGAGGAGCAGCUCUGCGGGGUUCCCGUCAGCUGGGAGAGUUUCUAAAAUCAGCCGUCCACAUGGACCCGCAGAGGAAGCACCUUCUGAUGGGGGGAGCCCUCAGCAGGAGCGGCGGCUGCUCGGUGGGAGCCGGCGCUGGAGGUCCUCACCUGGACCCCGGGUCCGUCCUUCCCCUGCCGCUGUCCCUGGCCCUGCCGCUGCACCACCGCCUCACCUCUGGCAGUAUUGGUGACGGUGCCCACCCUCACCCGGUUCAGUUCCUGAGGAGGCUGGACCUCUCGGAGCUCCUCACCCACAUUCCUCGACAUAAACUCAACACCUACCACGUCCGCAUGGAGGACGAUGCCCAGGCCGGCCAGGGGGAGGAGCUGCGCAGGUUCAUCCUGUCGGCCCUCAGUGCGAGCCAGAGGAACGUGGUCAACUGUGCGCUGUGCCACCGGGCGCUGCCCGUGUUCGAGCAGUUCCCCCUGGUGGAUGGAACGCUGUUUCUCAGCCCCUCGCGCCACGACGAGAUCGAGUACGACGUCCCCUGUCACCUUCAAGGCAGGUUAAUGCACUUGUACGCCAUCUGCGUGGACUGUCUAGAAGGCGUCCACAAGAUCGUCUGCAUCAAGUGCAAGUCGCGCUGGGACGGGAGCUGGCACCAGCUGGGCACCAUGUACACGUACGAUAUACUGGCUGCCUCGCCGUGUUGCCAGGCUCGUCUCAACUGUAAGCACUGCGGGAAGCCGGUGGUGGACGUCCGCGUCGGGAUGCAGUAUUUCUCCGAGUACAGCAACGUCCAGCAGUGUCCUCACUGUGGCAACCUGGACUAUCACUUUGUCAAACCGUUCUCCUCCUACAAAGUACUCGAGGCCUAUUGACAAAUGUGGUUCACGCGUGCUAGUUCAGGUGCUUCUGUUCUCAUUGUUUUUUCAUUUUUAACACAAUCUAGGAAAAGAUUUUUUUUUUUUGAGGGGGGAGGGGUGGGGCUUAAAGGUGGUUUUAUGUUUUCAAGUUCUCACUCUUGUUUUAUUUUCUAUGUAUAGGGAAAAAGUAUGACUCUAGUUUUAAAAAAGGAUGAAUAAUUCAUAAAUAACAGUUCCGGGUACAGUAUAUACAGUAUAUCUCUGCUGAUUAAAGAAAAGAAAGGUGUUGAUAAAAGUGUGUCAGGUCAAGCGAACACAUUUAUCCAAGUGACAAGUGAAUGUAUCCGUAUGCCAAAAUUUGCGUUCAUUUUUUAUUUUUUACCAAAACAAAAAGGAAAAAAAAAAAAAGCAAAGAUGAAGCUUGAAUAAAGCAGAGAAGGAUACGCA